GGACGGAGGAGAGACACGUCACGUGGGGGCAGCAUCGUCCGAGGAUUGACGCACGCGCUGAUGCGCCGCCGACUGCUACAGGAUCAGCGACGUCACCGCUUCUCCGUCGCCACCGUCUCCCUCCCAUCCAAUCCCGCAGCCGCCCCUUCCCUAUAACAGCUAGCUCCUCGCCAGUCGGGCGCCUUCCGCCUGCCGCCCGUGCAUCGAGGAGAGCUUGGGGACCGGCCGGCGCGGAAGGGAUCGAGAUCGACCCCCCGGAGUUGAGUUCCCAUGGCUUCUGAAUCAGGGGACGGCAACUGCGAUGCUUGGGCAGCGAGAGAUCCUUCGGGAGUUCUCUCACCGUACAAAUUUAACCGCAGGGCAGUGCAAAGUGACGAUGUUUCAUUGAAGAUCACACACUGUGGAGUCUGUUAUGCUGACGUUAUUUGGACACAAAAUAGGCUCAAUGAUUCGAAAUAUCCGUUGGUUCCUGGGCAUGAGAUAGCAGGAGUUGUAACCGAGGUCGGUUCAGACGUCAAAGGCUUUAAAGUGGGUGACCAUGUAGGUGUUGGAACCUAUGUGAACUCAUGCCGAGAUUGUGAGAAUUGCAAUAGCUCUCUAGAGAACCACUGCCCAAGAUCAGUUUAUACUUUCAAUGGCAUUGAUACAGAUGGCACUGUCACAAAAGGGGGUUACUCCACUCACAUUGUAGUCCAUGAAAGGUACUGCUUCAAAAUACCAGAUGGCUACCCUUUGGCAAAGGCAGCACCUCUUUUAUGUGCUGGAAUCACUGUGUAUACUCCAAUGAUGCGACACAACAUGAACCAACCUGGAAAAUCACUAGGGGUCAUUGGACUAGGUGGGCUGGGUCACAUGGCAGUGAAAUUUGGUAAAGCCUUUGGUCUUAAGGUCACAGUUUUCAGUACAAGUGAAUCCAAGAGAGAUGAAGCCAUCAACCUCCUUGGAGCAGAUAAUUUUGUUAUAUCAUCAAACACACAGCAGAUGGAGUCCCUGAAAAACUCUCUGCACUUCAUAGUUGACACUGCUUCUGGUGACCAUGCAUUUGAUCCGUAUCUCUCACUCCUUAAGGUUGGUGGUGUGAUGGCAAUAGUGUGCUUUCCAAGUGAGAUCAAAGUGCAUCCUGCAAGCCUUAAUAUUGGUGCACGUACCUUGUCUGGCAGUAUUACUGGAGGUACAAAAGACAUCCAAGAAAUGGUUAACUUCUGUGCAGCAAACAAAAUCUAUCCAGAGGUUGAGAUCAUCAAGAUAGAUUAUAUCAAUGAGGCUCUCACAAGGCUCGUCAAUCGAGAUGUGAAAUACCGCUUCGUAAUCGACAUAGAGAACUCUUUCAAGUAGCAUGCCUCAUUUUCAUGAUCUAAUCUUUCUGUCGAUGUAUGAGCAAGCGUGGGAAUCAUGUUGGAAAAACUUGAUGUAAUUCCGCAUUGGAUUUGUAUUAUUCUUAUUUCUUAGUGUGUGCUGUGCGGCUACCUGCAUCCCUUCUAUAUACGGUUAGCGUAAGACCAAUUGGCAGCGACGCUGUACUUGGUUUGACAUCGUUGUAUCUUUUCUAGCAAUAUUAAUAUACAUAAAUGUCAACGUCAUCUGGA